GUUUAUUAUAAGUGAAAGGCUACUUAAAAAUAUGAGGAGACUCUUUUCAAAGUGAGUAACUAAGUAAGAGUACUUUCUCUAGUUUGCAAACGUUUGUCGAACCGUUAACACUUAGAAACAGGAAAUCGAUCAACUUAUGGAAGAGGCAGUGAAUCCGAAUCCACCUAAGGAGGAAUUUAAAUACGAGCUGAGACAAUGGAUUACGGCUUCUGGUGCAAUUGUGGCAGCCAUUUUGGCAGGCGUAACGGGAGGAUUUAGUGCUAUUCUGAUUCCUCAACUCGAAUUCAAUUCAACCAUCACGGAGUACAAUACGAGUUUCGUGAAUAAUUUCCCCAACAUUACAAUUCAAACAACAAGUCAAAAAUCAUGGCUCGGUUUUUCCGGUGCACUUUUAUUAGCACCCGGUUGUUGGUUAUCGGGAUUUAUGAUUGAAAAAUUAGGACGAAGAAUGACCCAUUUAGUGAGCACACCACUUUAUUUUCUCUCCUGGGUGACAAUCACAAUUAGUUCGAGUUUCACUAUUCUGGUUAUUGGAAGAGUUUUCAGUGGUCUAUUCAUGGGACUAUUGGCUCCGGCAAGUCCAGUGUACAUUGCCGAGACGACGAAUCCACGAUUGAGAGGAAUCCUCCUAGGAUGUAUUAGUGUUGCAGCUUGUAGUGGUAAUUUAUUGGCUCAUGCAACAGGAACUUGGUUACAUUGGAGGUUAGCGAGUUUGUGGUGUGGUUCACUUAAUAUUAUUUGCUUUAUUAUUUGCUUCCUCUCACCUGAGAGUCCCACGUGGUUUUUGAAGAGGGGAAAAAUUGAAAAUGCUGCGAGAAGUUGGAAAUAUCUGAGGGGAUCUAAUUGUAUGAAGGAAUUUGAACUGUUGAAAAUUGCUCAUGCACCGAAUUUUUUGGAGAAAAAAAAUGUGCAAAGGUUUGAUUGGAGUUCAAAAUCGUUUUUAAAACCUUUGGGAAUUGUGUGUUUGGUGUUUUUUACUGCGCAGUGUAGUGGGGUGAAUGCAAUUACUUUUUAUAGUGUUGAUAUAUUUAGACAAGUGGCUAAUCCGGAAGGUGCUUUUAUGUGGACUUUGCUGACAGAUGUUGUUAAAAUUCUAGUGGCUUGUUUAACAUGUUGGCUUAUUAAGAGGGUUUCGAAUAGAGGUCUGGCAUUAAUUUCAGGUUCGGGCACGGCAAUUGUACUUUUUGCGCUCACAAUUGUGAAGUAUUAUGAUGUUGGUAAUCCGUGGACACCUGUAAUUUUGUUAAUUGUGUACAAUAUUACGUCCUUUAUUGGCUUGGUACCACUUUCCUGGAUGCUGUGUGGCGAACUAUUUCCUAUGAACUGCAAAGGUUUGGGUACGGGUUUAACUACUGGUUUUGGAUUUUUGUGUCUGUUUUUGGUAGUAUUGGCGACGCCUUACAUGUUUGAGUACUUUUUGGCGUAUGGAACUUUUUUUAUUUUCGGUUGCGUUGCCGCAGUAGGAACGUCAAUGUUGUUUUUCUUUUUGCCGGAAACUAGAGGAAAAACACUUUUAGAGAUUGAACGCUCGUUUGACAAGUGUGAUUCGAAACUGAAAAAUGGAUAUAAAGCGAGUGUACUUUAAGUUUUUAAAAAUUUAUAGAUUGUGAUAUAGAAACUGUUACAAAAUGAAAUGUAUAUAAUAUGUGAUGAUACAAAAUGUGUAAAAAAUAUUACAAGAAACCCAAAGAAUAUUAAAUAAAUACUAAUUUUAUUUAAGGCUGUAAGAGAUGUAAAACAUUAUUUGUAGCAUCAAGAAAUAAAUUCUAUUUUAUUCUACUAA